AUGCAAUUCGAAAAUCGCCCGGAGCCAGCGCGAAACGGCCCGGAGGAUCAAAACCGACCGGAAGGAAAUCAGCCGGGGCACAAUCGACAGCAGGAGCAGCCGCAGCAGCAGGCUGCAGAUGCGCAGUCCGAUCAGUUCUGGGAGCAACUUGAAGAAAUUGAGCGGCAUACGCCGCCACCGUCGGAGCGUCUCGCGCAACCACCACCGCCGCCAAACCAGGAGGAUUUUACAAAGGGGCCGCGCAAGCCAAGAAAACGUUCGCCUAGUGAUGAACCCUUCAGAAUACCGCGCCGCGGGGAAAACUGA